GAAAGCCGAAGAUUAAUUGAUAUUCUUUCGCAAUCAUUAGUUUUCAAAUGAAUUUGUAGUCCACACAAUCAAUCAUAGGAGAUCAACAUUAUAUUAGGUUAAGGUUAAGGUUAUGUUAUUCUCUAUUUCUCUUCAUGCCUAAAAUAAAAUAGUAUAAAAACUAAAAACUAAAAACUUAAAAUUUUAUAAUCAGAAAAAUUACGACACCCUAAUCAGAGUGUAGUUGAAAAAGCCCUAACUUUUAGCUUCUUCCGCCUCAACCACCACCACCAACACCACCGUCGUUCAGUGCCGUGCACCGUGCUUGUUCAUUCAUUCACCACAAAAUGGUUCGAGGAAGUGAAGUUGAUACUGAAAUCGGUGGAGUACCUGAAUCAGUUAUGGAUUCAGUCAACACAACACUUUCCAAUCUUCAUGAAUUGCGUUCAAAUUUUCAACAGUUUUUACCUCUCAUAAACCCUCAAAUUCUCUCCCAAAUUCCACCUCUUCAACGUGCUCAAUCUCUCUACCUCCUCUCCAAAAUCACUUCCACACUCCUCACAUUGAAAUUGAGGUGCAAUGGGGUUCAACCAAAUGAUCACCCUGUCAAAUCAGAACUUGAUAGAUUAGACUUAUACCAAGACAAACUUGAACGUUUGUUAGAUUGGAAUAAAGCUCCUUUGAGACCUUCUACUACCUUGAAUCAUCAAGCAGCUACUCGAUUCAUCGAACACUCUCUGCCUGAUCUCACUCCAGAGCAAAGGCAACAAAUGAGGAACUUAAGUAGAGGGGAAGGACAGAAGAUAAGACAUCAGGAGCGGGCUGGUAAAAAGAGGAAGUAUCAAUCUUCUGAAAGGUCAUCUGUUCAAGCUGUUGCAAAGGAGUUUCUGGAGAAAGCACAGAGGGAACUUCUAGGUGGUAAUAGUGGUGGUAUUAGGGGACCGCUUCAAAUCGACAACAUGUCAGAAGGCGAUGACGAUGAAAUAGACAACAUUUCAGAAGACGACAACGAUAAACUACCCGUGUCCUGAAUUUCCUGAACUCUGUGUGUGAGCCAAAUGAAGCUUGUGUUCGUGGAGGGAGGAACGUUGCUGCUUGCUUUCCAUGAUUUUUGUGGACAACAACUUUUUCACAUACUGGAUGGAAAGAAAAGAAUCAAUCCGUGAAACUUUUGCAUGCUAUUUCAGUAGUUAAAUCAUAUUAAGGUUGGAUUUUAGAUGAUGUCGGUGUGGUUUACUUUUUGCUUCAAUUUCUGUAGUACUGGAUGGAAAAGAAUCAAUCUGUGAAACUUUUGCAUGCCUCAUCCACUGUAUGGAAUUUUUCGGGUGACCUAUUCAAGGUUUUCACAUAUUGGACAUAUUGUUGCCGUUUCACUAGUUAAAUUAUAAUAUUAAGGUUGGAUUUUAGAUAA